CCCAUUCGCACCAAUCAAUUCCACCCACCACCAACUCCCUCCUCCCAAUCACACAGCAAAAGAAAAGGGGAAAAAAUUAAUAUAAAAGAAAACCAGCAAAAUGCCCCACACCUCGCGCAAAAAACACCCUCACCUCAACAACACCUUACAAGCGCAAAAACGACUCCAAAUCACCGACGCCACUACCGGCUGGACGCAUGUCACCACCAGCGGCAAAGCGCGCCGCUGUGCGCGCACCACCACAUCCCAAUCACCAACAACAAAGGAAGAAUCAGAAACAACAGAAACAUUCCACCCCGCCGAAGCCCCACCCACCACCACCCUCGACUCCCUCAAAUCCCAAUUCACUCAGAUCCAACGCACAUGGAAAGAUUCAACUACGUGUGAUGUGGUGGGGAGGACGCUUCACAAUAUCCUCCUUCCUCAAUUUCAAUUACAACCACGAGAGUCAAAUACGGAUAAUUCACAAUCGCAUACUACAACAGAGAAUAAGAAUAAUGGAAUAGGAACAGGGAUUGAUUCCAUCAUCUGCAUCGGUCUCGGCAGUCCGAGCGGAUUUCUUCGUGGAGGAUGGGUCGAUCGGCGAUUAGUUUCGCUGUAUCAGUUGGCGGCGUUGGUGGAUGUCAUUGCCUCUAUUUCAUCCUCUUCUUUUGCUGAUCCAACAAUAAAAACCUACGCCCAAGACCCUGUCUUCAAUACCCUCGAUAAAUCUCUUCUUUCCUCCCUCGACAUCACCGUCCUCGAGUCUCCCCUCGCUUUCGACAAAGUAUCUCCCCGUACAUUCCUCUUCUGUCCUGGUGCGGAGCGUACACAUCUUGAGCAGUUAUUAGCGCUGGAUCCGGCGUUUGUGUUUGGGGGGCCGUUGGAGGAUGUCGAGUCGGAGGUGGUGAGUGCGUUUGUGAAGAGGAGGGGGUCGGUACGGUUACCGCUGUUUGAGGCACAGGAACAUGCGUUCUGGAACAUGCGGGUUUAUUAUCCAUUGGAGAAGGAGGGGGAGGAGUAGUAUGCUAAGGUAUCAUGAUCUUAGAUGUGGAUGGCUAUCCAUUACCACAGAGAGAAUGAUGGGUGACCAGUAUGAUGAUAACCAUCUACUGGCUACACGCCUACGCUACGCCCCUUAUGCCGAAUCGGCAUGCAUGCAACAAGGGUCGUAUUGUCAGCCCUAUGUGGAUCACACCCUCACGCUAUAUACAAUCACGCCAAAUAGCACUUCGCGUAGAAUGGCGUCGUGACACUCAUCGGAAUGCCGCGCAAAUAAAUUACGGCAGCCGACCCAUGCACCAGCUCAAUAGAAUACAGUCCUAGGACAAAGCUCUAACACCGCAAGGAAGCACAGCAGAAAUCGAUCAGUCGUAAUGCAUCAUAACACAUGAUGUAUGUCGGAUAUGUUGUGUACAUUUCAUCCAUCAUCACUUUCAUCAGGUCUAGAGACGUAUCG